AUGUCCACUAGUGAAAGGAGUGUUUUAAUACCGAAAAAUACUCUUGAAAAAAAUGGUUUAUCUGUGUUUUUUGCUGUUAUUUGCAUUAUUGAUGUGUUUGGAGUGUUUCCUAUAGUCGCUUUACCCAAAGCACUAAUCGACUGCGGAUUUUUCGGUAUUCCCGUGAUUUUUCUGGUGUGUGGUCUGCAAAUGUACACGGCGAAUUUACUGGGAAAAUGCUGGAUAAUGGCGGAAAAAGUAUAUCCGACAAUCCACAGAAAAGACCGGUAUCCAUAUUCAGCCUUAACAGAAGUAACCUUGGGUAAAAUGUUGUCGAAAUCGGUGGAAAUUCUUUUGGAUGUAACCAUUUUUGGCGCGGGGGGUGCCAAAUUUAAUACUCGCUUCACAAAAUAUACAACUGCUUGGGAUGAGAAUUAGUUAUAAUACUUUUGAUGUAAGUUAUUGUUACUGGAUUAUAAUUAUUGGGACCAUUUUGUGCCCCAUUUUGUGGCUGGGAAGCCCCAAGGAUAUGAAGUUUCUGUGCACUAUAUCUGUCGUGUCUGUUUGCUCAGUGUUUGUACUCGUUUCUGCAUGUCUAAUUUUUAACAAUUCAACCGAUUUUGAAGCUGUAAAUGAUGGAUACAUGCCUGAAAGGCCCCUAUGGGAAACAAUUUUGACAGCCUAUGGAAUCAUAGCCUUCCAAUUUGAUAUCCACCCAAGUAUACUGACCAUACAAGUCGACAUGAAGGAACCGAAAAAAUUAACGAAAGCCUUACUUGGAGGGUUUUUCGUUUCUGUGAGUAUGGCGGGUGUCACCACUGUCAUAGCAGCCUUAAAAUACGGGGCAGCUGUGCAACCGAGCAUUUUAGAGACGUUGCCGAGUUCUGUAGCUUUGCAUUUUGCAGCUGCGCUGGUAGCACUGCAGCUUUGCCUCACUAGUGCUCUAAGCAACAGCGCCCUCUACCAGCACAUGGAGGAUUGUCUUGGAAUAUCACGAUAUUUUAACCCUAAAAGAUGUAUUUUAAGAACCAUUUUAACUUUAUUGGCAAUAAUUUUGGCCGAAUCUGUACCCAGGUUUGAUUUAGUCAUGUCUCUAAUAGGGGGGACUUUAACAGGCCCCCUAAUGUUCAUCCUGCCUCCUCUAAUAUACAUUAAAAUGCUCUCCCUACACAAAACAAAUGAAGAACAAAUCCAAAUGAAAACGUUCACAAAUACACUGUAUUCAACCGAUGAAAAAGGCCGGCUAAAAAAAAUUACCAGAAAUAUCCCCAUAGAAAAUGAAACUAAAACAAAGAUAGAGUGGAGUUUACAGGAAAAAAUACAAAUUUUAUUUUGCGUUUUAAUUAUUGUUGUGAGUAGUGCUAUGACUGGAAUCACAACUUAUUUUAAUUUUAAUAACGCCAUGAAUUACGCAAACUUUUCCAGACCCUGUAUUUAUAACAUUUCUGCGUCUUUGUUGUAUUUAUAA